AUGUAUAUUUUCGUUGGCAUUGAUUACUUUACAAAAUGGAUCGGAGCUAUACCCUUGCCAAAUGUAGACCAAGAAGAUGUGAUCGAAUUUAUCCUAAAACACAUUAUUUAUAGAUUUGGAAUCCUAGAGACCAUCACAGUAGACCAAGGAUCAGUAUUUACUGGUCGGAAAAUGCAAGAAUUUGCUAAGGAAAUGGGUUUGAAAUUAUUAACUUCUACGGCAUAUUAUGCUCAGGCUAAUGGUCAGGUCGAAGCAGCGAAUAAGGUGGUAACUAUUUUACCAAUCGAGAUUUACCUACAAUUAACAAGAAUUCAGAGGCAUCGUGAAAUUCCAUCAGAAUCAUAUAGGAACAUGAUGCUAGAUGAGUUAGUUGAUCUAGAUGAGGAGAGACUCAAUGCCUUGGAAUUAUUGAAAAGGCAGAAGAAGAGAGUAGAGAAAUCUUACAAUAAGAAGGUUAAUUUUAAGACAUUUUCACCUGAAGACUUAGUUUGGAAAGUGAUCCUUCCAAUGGAUCGAAAGGAUAGGGCCUUAGGGAAAUGGUCCCCCAAAUGGGAAGGUCCUUUUCAAAAUUUGAAAGUAUUCUCUAAUGGUGCUUAUGAGAUCGAGGAGCUUAAUAAAGAUAAAAGAAUCUUCAGAGUGAAUGAAAAAUAUUUGAAAAAUUAUAAGCCGGUGCUCCAAGAGAUAAAAAUAAUAAACAAAUAA